AUGCUGCUACUAAACACGUUUAUUUUCCUAUCGAUUUUCCUGCUACGAUCCCUUCCGUCCCUAGCGAGAGGGUUCGAUUUUGAGGAGGACUUGUUUCCCAAUUACCCCUUUAAUGAAAAAGUACUAGAUGGCAUUGAAGUCUCCCUGAUCUUCCCACGCGGUAACGAGACCUACGCACCGACCGCGUAUUUUCCCAUUGUCAUGGCUGUGCGGAAUCCUGAGAUUACAUUUCCACUGGGCCUGCGCCUAGGUGCAAAAGUCUCACAUAGGGACUCGUUCAACAGUGAUUUAUUCUACUUCCCGAAUGAUAGCUCUACCACUGGCUCAUUCCCGCCCACUUCUCCCUACUACUUUGCCAUUAACGGCACCGACCUCAUCAACCGCUUCACUGGAUCAUUCACUGUGAAAUGGCGCUUUCGAGUGCACAACAUAUGCAGAGACCUUGGGGAGCACUGCCCGAUAAUAGAACAGCACUAUUCUUCGCAGACAUUCUCUGUCGACUUCUCCAUUUCUCCCGAUGCGCCACUCCCCAAUAUUGAGGAGGCCGUUAACCGCUGCUCAAAUAGCACGGCCUGGUUAAAGCCUUUUGGUAUCCAGGAAUCUACUAAUUGUCCUUUAAUAAAAAACUUUAGUAGCCCGCUACCACCAAUGCCAGACCCUUGCCUUGUUAAACCGUUUGCAAAAGAUUUAGCGGCCAAUGUUUCCAAGACCAUACUGGGGUUGUUGGAUUGCCCUGAUGGGGCGUGGCAGACUAUUAAGGAGCCUUGCCGCAAGAAAAGUAGCGCAUCGCGGGGGAAAUCGGGGUUUAAAGUAGUAUGGUUACUUCUAGCUGCGGUUAUAUCCGUGUGGGCUGUUUUAUGA